UAAACACAUUCCAUUCACUGCUCUGGUUUAGCUCCCUUCCAUGCUAGUAGUGGCUCGCUAACACUAACCAGCUGUCAGGUCAAACCACUCCCUAGUGACUCGUACCCGUGGGUUUAUCUCGAGAGACAAAAAAAUAGUUACGUAGUAAUGUUGCGAAACUGAUGUAGUAACAUUGGCACCCGGCUACUUCUGUAUCUCUGAGCAGAGGAGGUACGCGCUCGGUUUCUUCGCCAUGGGGAACACCUGCAGUAAUCUCGGGAUCCCUCCCGGCAAGGGCCCCAAUGCUGUGGGCUGCACCGACUUCAUGAUGGACCACACUGCUCAGGGCAGCUUCUUCCGACUCUACUAUCCUUGUCAAGAGACUGAAAAAGCAGAAAAACCGGACUGGGUGCCGUGCGUGGAGUAUUUCAACGGUCUGGCAGACUUUCUGAAAAUCAACAGGGCUCUGAGUGAAAGGAUUUUCAACUACCUCUUUGGCUCCUUUAAGAUUCCAGCCUUCGUGGAUGCUCCGUUUAAAUCCAAUGAAAAAUGUCCUGUAGUUAUCUUCUCCCAUGGCCUUGGAGCGUUUAGGACUUUGUACUCAGCCAUAUGUGCAGAAUUGGCCUCUCAGGGCUUCAUUGUGGCGUCCGUGGAACACAGAGACCAGUCAGCCUCAGCUACGUAUUAUUUUCGUGAGAAGACGGAGUCGGAGAAGGCAAACAAGAACGGGCCUAAAACAUCUACCUCGACCCCAGACAACCUGGUGAGAGAGUGGAUGUACUACAGGAGUCUGCAGCACGGGGAGAGUGAAUUCCCCCUCCGAAAUAAACAGGUGAAACAGAGAGCAGAUGAAUGCAUCCUGGCUCUGGACAGACUCAUUGAAAUCAACUCGGGGAUCUCAGUGCAAAACGUUUUGCAAACACAGUUUGACUGGAUGACGUUGGAGAACUCCAUGGAUCUGUGUAGGAUAGCAGCGGUGGGGCAUUCCUUCGGGGGAGCAACGGUGAUAGAAGCUCUGUGCAAAGAGGUCAAAUUCAAGUGUGGCAUAGCGCUGGACGCCUGGAUGUUCCCUUUAGACGAUGAGCUCUUUGCCCGGGUGAAGCAGCCCAUCUUUUUCAUCAACUCACAGAAGUUUCAGUGGGCGGGAAACAUCAGCCGCAUGAAGAAGCUGGAUUCGGCCGUCAUACAGCGGAAAAUGAUCACCAUCAGAGGCACAGUCCACCAGAGCUUCCCAGACUUCACCUUCCUGACGCGCAACUGGAUCGGCAGGCUGAUGAAGCUGAAUGGAGAGAUCGACCCCGAGAUCGCCAUAGACCUCUGCAACAAAGCAACACUAGCCUUCCUGCAACGCCACCUCGGGCUACGGAAGAACUUUGAUCAGUGGGACCCUCUGAUCGACGGGCAAGAUGACAACCUCAUUGAAGGAACUAACAUCACUGUGCUUCAGUCUUCCAUCUGAGCCAUCUCAUAUCCCUAAAAUGUCAAGCCAGGCCUCCUUGGCACUAGAAACAGAUUAAAGAUAACAUUUUGGAAUCGUAAUAGAUGGAAAAGAAAAUCUCUACCUCAUCAGCAGGACCGAUUUAGGUUUUCUUGACAGAUAAAACCAGCGUUUGUUUCAUGAGGCCUGAAUGUCGCUGAACACUUUUCACUGUUUGUGAAAUCUUCACUAUUAACAGGAAGUUCUUGGAGAAAUGCUUUGAAUCAUGUUUAAUCUUUGAGUGUAUGUGAACUGAGAUCAUGUUAUUUCACACACAGACCGUAUGUCUCUUUGGAUGUAUGACCUUCCAACAGAGACGAGCUACACUAUGAUUGCAGUGUGAUUCUGGAAUAAGACCUAUAAUGAGAAUCGUAUCUAACCAAUGGGCGUCAGAACAAAGGAAGAUUGAGGACUCAUACGUCAGAUGAAUUAUUAACAUGUAUCCAUCCUGAUUCAUCAGGGGGCAGCUACAUGCAGUCAGUAGAUCAGCAUCAUUAAAGCUUACUAACAGGUUGCAUUAAAAACAGCAUGUGCCUUAACUCUACUGUUCACCCUGGGUCAAUGUAACAGCCUUCUACUUUUAUACUCCUACAGUAACAGAAACCCAAUAAAUCUGGUUUGUAUACAAAU